AUGACGCGCGAGCAAUUAUCAUCAUUGAGAAUGGUGACCUCGGCUGGUGCACCACUGGCACCGGAUCUGAUUCGUGUUGUCUGCGAUCGUCUAAAGGUUCCGGUCCGCCAGGGAUUUGGAUUGACAGAGUCAACAGGUGUCUCCCAUGUCCAGAGAUGGAACCGAUGGGAUCAAGAAAUGGGGUCAAGCGGUCCUCCACUUCCUCAAGUCGAGGUGAAGUUCAUUGACGAGCAAGCCAACCCAGUAAGGGAAGGGGAAGGCGAACUAUGUCUUCGAGGACCUACCAUCUUCCAAGGCUUUCACAACAACGUCGAAGCCACGGUGCGGUCUACCACACUUGAUGAAUGGUUUAAAACCGGUGAUAUCGGAUUCCAAGAUGAGGGUUUCCAAGUCUCACCGGCGGAGAUAGAGAGCGUCCUACAUGAGCAUCCGCUUGUCCAUGAUGUCGCUGUAAUUGGGGUCGCUGUGCAGAAGAUUGUGUCCGAGAUACCAGUUGCUUAUGUAGUUCUUAAGAAAACGAGGAAAGCGACGGAGCAGGUUGCAGAAGAACUGGUGGCCUACAUCAGUGAGAAACUGGCUCCUCACAAGGGUGGGAUCAUCCCGAUCGACAAGAUUCCUAGGAGUGUCUUUGGCAAGAUUCUGAAGCGGGUCCUGAGGACUAGGGCUGAAGGCGUCGGCUAUUGGUGCUACAAUCUAUGA